AUGCCAACACGUCGUCCGCUUGGUCUUGAGAAUCGAGGUUCGCUGACAGUCCGACCGCGCAGAUACAUUGGCCUGGCUCUGGCCAUGGCAUCAAGUUUAGCCAUUGGUAUCAGUUUUGUGAUCACAAAAAAGGGUCUCAUGCAAGCAGAAGAACGCCAUGGGUUUGAAGGAGAUGGCUUCGUUUAUCUAAAAAGUCCGGUAUGGUGGGCCGGCAUUUCAACAUUGGUCAUGGGAGAAAUAUGCAACUUCGCCGCCUAUGCCUUUGCACCUGCGAUUCUCGUUACACCUCUAGGAGCCCUGUCUGUGCUGAUCGGAGCUGUUCUGGGCUCUUAUUUCUUGAAGGAAGAGCUUGGUACUCUGGGCCGCCUCGGCAGUGCCAUUUGUCUGAUCGGCGCAGUCAUCAUUGUGCUUCACGCACCCCCAGAUGAGGACAUCCAGACCAUUGACCAGAUUCUACACUAUGCCAUCCAGCCAGGCUUCCUGCUGUACGCCUUUGUGGUCUCUGUCUUCGCCGUUGUCAUGAUCUACAAGAUUGCGCCGGUCCAUGGGAAGAAGAACGCGCUCAUCUACCUCUCCAUCUGCUCGACAGUCGGCUCAAUCUCUGUCAUGUCAGUGAAAGCUUUCGGAAUUGCCCUAAAGCUCACUUUCGCCGGAAACAACCAGUUUUCCCACCCAUCGACAUACGUCUUUAUGAUUUUGACGACCGUUUGCAUCUUGACGCAAAUGAACUACUUCAACAAAGCACUUGCCCAGUUCCCCACAAACAUCGUUAACCCCCUCUACUACGUGACGUUUACGACUGCGACCCUUUGCGCCUCCUUCAUCCUGUUUGGUGGCUUCAAUACCACUGAUACCGUCAACACGAUCUCUCUGAUUUGCGGUUUCUUGGUCACCUUCACUGGUGUUUACUUGCUUAACCUUUCGAGACUGGACCCAAACGGACACCACCUCAUUGCUGGCCGUGGUGGUUCGGAUGCUAUGGGCACGGACAUGGUCUCAACCAUUCAGACCCGUCUGAGCAUGCAAGCCCGCAGAAGUCAGGACCCUCGAUUGAGCAUUGGUAGCCGCCACGGUGAUACGACCGGCCUUAUGAGGGCCUACGACGAGGAGGCCGGUGCCGAAUUUGGAUUGACUGAUCUGGCCGAAGAGAGCGACGACGAAAAUGACCGCCACAGAGCGAAUGGAACCGCUAAUGGACAUUCCAAGUCAUACAAUGAGACCAUUGAGCUCCAGAAUCAGAGGUCCGAUAGGUGA